AAAAUCGUCUAGCCGCAAUAAUGUACUACAAAUAGGUUUAAAACUGCGAUCCCUUAAACAAGUAGAGAACAACCCGCCAGUCGGAGUUGACUGACAUUUUCUGAUUCACGCAUCAUUCGGAAAACCAUUAGCAGACAAUGGGCAAAAAGAAAGAAUACAAUUUGUCUGAAAUCGAUACCAAACAAGCCGAGGACGCUAGCACCGACAAAAAAGAAUCGUUCACUGUACAAGAAUACGAUGCGAUUGUAAAUGACGGGGUAACUGACCAGCCAUGUAAACAAUCAGCUUCAGAUGACGGCGACAAAGGCAACACAGAAAACGAUAGUUCGAACGACGAGGACCAAACGAAUGGAGAAGAAGAAAACGAAACGAUCCCAAAACAAACUGAUUGUGAAGCCGGGGAUAAUGUUGAACUUCAAGAAAUAAAUGGUUCCCAAGACAAGCCCACAGAUAACUCGGAUAAUACUGCGACCACCGAGAAGCAAAUACAAACUUCAAAGGCCGAGGAGGAAUAUACGACUAUUGAUUUAGAAGAAACCACGCAUGCCCCAAAUCCUUGUAAAACAAAACCAGUUGCUUUCUGGCUCAGAAAGAAUCUGUUUUUGAUAAUAGGCAUAUCGUUUGUUAUCGCACUUAUUGCAAUCAUUUCAAUAGCUGCUUCAUCAAAGAGAGGAUUAUCCAACGAAGAGGACGAAUUAAUGGCUCGGAAAGCAAAUAUUCCGGGAUUCAAACCUGCAACAAAUGAUAAUACAAACAAUAAAGAUAACAAUUCAGAAGUUGAAGUUACAACGCCAACGUUUACAUCUACAGAAAGCGAUAUUGCAAAGCUUCCUUGGACGACUGUUUAUCAAACCGAAACAAGCCAAAGCCAUGAAGCUUCAACUAUUGAAAAUACUGAGGAAGUUGUCAAUGGCGUGACUGAAGACGACGAAAACUACGAAUAUCCCGAUGCUUAGGGAUUAUGUCCAAAUUUCUUACAAAGCCGGAAUCUGGAGUGGUGAUCUACAAAUAUUUACACAUUUCAGUUGCCAUGAUGAAUUUACAAUUAAAGACGUCAGGAAAACGUCUUCUCACCCAUUAUUGUAUGUCUGAAUAAAAUAAUUUUCCACGAUU